AUGGCCAUGACCGAACACUCCUCCCCCAGCCUGCGCUCCUUUCUUCACUCGUCCUCUCCCUCAUCCUCUUUAUUACAACCCCCAGCAGCCGCCCCUGUCGCCAUCAUUAGAGGAACAGCGCCUCCAGCAUCACCUGCCCUGUCUUCCUCCACCCCUUUCUCUUUCUCUUUCUCUUCACAACUAACCCCUCUGCUAUCCAGCAGCAGCUCGUUCCAAUUCAAUAUAAACACCAAUGCAACCUCGAUAAUUACCCCUAAGAAUCGGAUGUCGUCUCCAACCUCCCCUGGAAUCUCUGAUUCUCCCAUCCCGAUCUUCUUCAAUCAAUCUAAGAUCAGCAUGUCAAAUAAUUCAAAAAAGAGAUCCUUCAGAGACAUGGCUGAAGGCGACGAAGAAGAUCAAUACGGAAGAAUCAAUGCGUAUGACGAGGAUUCUGAUUUUGAGUUGAUUGUUUAA